GUCCACGGAGCGGCCCUUUGGCCACACUAAAGCCAACAAAAUUGAGUCCUCAACAACAACUAAACAAAACAACAAUAACAAUUCGAGAUACAAUUUACGUUACGCGGCAGCUCUGCUCAAAGUUGAGAAAAUUAAAUUCAUUAAAACGGAGGGUUUAACAUUCGCAUUGCUGGCGGGCCCCAUGGGCCAAGCGGCAAGUAUGUGUCGAUUUCGUGGUUGUCGCUACAAAAACAAGAGCAAGAACAGCAAACAACAACAACAACAACAACAACAACAACAACAACAGCAGCAGCAACAGCAGCAACAAGCAACGCCGACUCAUAGUCCGCAACAACAACAACACUAUCAGCAGCUGGAGACAACAGGCCUGCACUUGCGCAGCAUUGAGGAGCCAGCGUCGACGCCGCUGCAGCUAGCGGCACGUAUGCCCGCGGAGCAGGGGGGCACAGGGUACGGUAUGAGUGAGCAUAGCCUGCUCAUUGCCACACACCGCACCGGUGUCCCCCUGCCGCUAUCACAGCAACAGCAACAACCCGCCCACUAUCAGUACAACAACAGCAGCAGCAGCAACAGCAACAGCAACAGCAACAACUGCAGCAGCAACAUCAACGGCAACAGCAGCAGCGCCGGCGGCAGCAGCAGCAACGUAGCCAGCACAGCGGCCGCUUAUCAGCAGCAGCAGCAUCAGCAGCCGCUGCACCAGCAGCAACAGCAACAGCAGCAACAUCAACUUUAUCAGGGCUACUCACAUCCCUAUCAUCAGACAGCGUCGCCACAGCAUAGCCGGCCCUACGAUCCGGAGUAUGCGCGCAUGGAGGCGUGGCUGGAUGAGAACCAGGAGUUUGUACAGGAUUAUUUCAUAAGAAAGGCGACACGUCAAACUGUGGACGCGUGGCUGGUGUCGCAUGCGACCAGUGCGGGCAACGAUGUCAUCAGCAGCAGCUCACCCACGCAUCCCAAUGGCCAGGCGAGCAGUUCGCGUGCCGGCUCCGGCGCCACAACGCCCGUGCGCAAAAUUUCCGCACAUGAAUUCGAGCGCGGCGGCUUACUCAAGCCCAUUGUGAAUACCAUCGAUGGGACGCUGACAUUUUUGAGCAUCGGGCCGCAGCUGGACAAUACGAGCGGCAGCUGCAGCAAUUUGCAGAACGUUGGCGGCGUGGUGGCCGGACAGUAUCAGUAUCAGCCGCAGCAUCAUAAUCACCAUCACAAUCAUCAUCACAACAAUCACAAUCAUCAGCAUUAUCAGCACAGUCAUUAUCAGGCCGGCGGCGCCGUUGGCUGCAGCAGCAGCGGCGGCGGCGGCACUGCCGGUGGUGGCAGCAACAAUUGCAAUGCCCCAACAGCAAUUAGCGCAGCAAGUCCAGGCAGCAAUCAGCAUUCGUAUCCCUAUCAUCUCUGCCUCCAACGGCCGCAGCGAUUAUCGCGCAACGAGCUGAAGCAGCUGGACGAGAAGGAGCUGAUUUUCGAGCUGGUAAAGGACAUAUGCAACGAGCUGGAGGUGCGCACCUUGUGUCACAAGAUCCUGCAAAAUGUUUCCAUAUUGCUGAAUGCGGAUCGCGGCUCAUUGUUCCUGGUGCAGGGCCGCUGCCAUGGUGCCGAUGGACUCAAAAAAUGCCUCGUAUCGAAGCUGUUCGAUGUCUGCCCACGCAGCACCGUCGAGGAAAUGGAACAGCAGGAGGAAGUGCGCGUUGCAUGGGGCACAGGCAUCGCUGGUCACGUGGCCGAGAGCGGCGAGCCGGUCAACAUUCCAGAUGCUUACCAGGAUGAACGCUUCAAUUGUGAAAUUGAUUCACAGACCGGCUAUCGCACCAAGGCUCUGCUCUGCAUGCCCAUCAAGGACUCUGGCGGCGAUGUGAUUGGCGUUGCGCAGGUGAUUAACAAAAUGAAUGGCGAAUGCUUCACGGAAAUCGAUGAGAAGGUCUUUGCCUCGUAUCUGCAGUUCUGUGGCAUUGGCUUGCGCAAUGCGCAGCUCUUUGAGAAAUCUCAGCUGGAAAUCAAGCGAAAUCAGGUGCUGCUGGAUCUGGCGCGCAUGAUCUUCGAGGAGCAGAGCACCAUCGAGCACAUGGUCUUCCGCAUCCUCACUCACAUGCAGAGUCUCAUCCAGUGCCAGCGCGUGCAGAUCCUGCUCGUCCACGAGGCCGAUAAGGGCAGCUUCUCGCGUGUCUUUGACUUCGAGGCGAACGAUCUGAGCGACGACGAGGCCAAUUCGCGCACCAGCCCCUACGAGUCCCGUUUCCCGAUCAACAUUGGCAUCACUGGCCAUGUGGCCACCACCGGCGAGACGGUGAAUGUGCCCAAUGCCUACGAGGAUGAUCGCUUCGAUGCGAGCGUCGAUGAGAACUCCAGCUUCAAGCAUCGCUCCAUACUCUGCAUGGCCAUCAAGAACUCACUGGGUCAGAUCAUAGGCGUUAUACAGCUGAUCAAUAAGUUCAAUGAUCUGGACUUCACCAAGAAUGAUGAGAAUUUCGUGGAGGCAUUCGCCAUAUUCUGCGGCAUGGGCAUCCACAAUACGCACAUGUACGAGAAGGCGAUUGUGGCCAUGGCCAAGCAGAGCGUUACCCUGGAGGUGCUCAGCUAUCAUGCAUCUGCGACCAUGGACGAGGCACAUCGAUUGCGCCGCCUAAGGGUGCCCUCUGCGGUACAUUUUCGUCUGCACGAUUUUAAAUUCGAUGAUAUACACUUCGAGGACGAUGAUACGCUGAAGGCCUGUUUGCGCAUGUUUUUGGAUCUCGAUUUUGUGGAACGUUUCCAUAUCGACUACGAAGUGCUCUGCCGUUGGCUGUUGAGCGUCAAGAAGAACUAUCGCAAUGUAACCUAUCACAAUUGGCGACACGCCUUCAAUGUGGCUCAGAUGAUGUUUGCCAUUUUGACAACCACACAAUGGUGGAAGAUCUUUGGUGAAAUUGAAUGCCUCGCUUUGAUUAUUGGCUGCCUGUGCCACGAUCUCGAUCAUCGGGGGACUAAUAACUCCUUCCAGAUUAAAGCCUCCUCGCCGCUGGCGCAGCUUUACUCCACAUCAACCAUGGAGCAUCAUCACUUCGAUCAGUGCUUGAUGAUCUUGAAUAGUCCCGGAAAUCAAAUUCUGGCAAAUCUGUCCUCAGAUGAUUAUUGCCGAGUAAUACGCGUGCUGGAGGAUGCAAUUCUAUCCACAGAUCUAGCUGUCUACUUCAAAAAACGUGGUCCCUUCUUGGAGAGCGUUCAGCAGCCAGUGAGCUAUUGGGUUGCCGAGGAGCCGCGCGCCUUGCUGCGUGCCAUGAGCAUGACUGUCUGUGAUUUGUCGGCUAUUACAAAGCCGUGGGAGAUUGAGAAACGUGUCGCCGAUUUGGUUAGCUCCGAGUUCUUCGAGCAGGGCGACAUGGAGAAGCAGGAGUUAAAUAUAACACCCAUUGAUAUCAUGAAUCGCGAGAAGGAGGAUGAGCUGCCCAUGAUGCAGGUGAACUUUAUUGACUCAAUAUGCCUGCCUAUCUAUGAGGCCUUUGCCAAACUCUCAGAUAAGCUGGAGCCACUCGUUGAGGGCGUGCGUGAUAAUCGCGGCCAUUGGAUUGAUUUGGCCGAAGGUGUGAAAACGAAAACUAGUCAGGAUCAACAGCAGCAGCAGCAGGAGGAGGAGCAAAUUGUGAUAGCGAAUGGUGACAGCAAGCAGGCGUCAACUGAUGAGAAGAUGGCAGAUGCAGAUGCAGAUGUGGAUACGGAUGCAGCUCUGGCUGAAGCAAGCGUAAAUGGGCUGAAUGUGGCUAAAAGCAACGCAACUACUAACAACAUUGCCAUCGCUUCUCGUCCCAGCAGCAACCCGACCAGUGAUGUGGAUGAUGAUAUUGUUGACGAUGUUCAUGAUGACGACAAUGAUGAUGCUGAUGAUGAUGAUGAUGAUGACGAUGCUGCCCUGGCAAAGAAUGGCUAUGCACGCAGCAGCAGCAGCGUUUGUCUAUCCUCCAGCGGCUCCUCCACAGUCUCGAGUCGGCUCUCCACACCGCCGCCCACUGGGGAAGAGGACAGCACGCCCGUUUCGCCAUCCAAGACGUUGCAGGCUCAGCUGGUUGCGGCCAAUCUGAAUGCACUCAGUCAAGGCAAGGCGGCCACAGCGGCGGCCAAGCAGCGGUGCAAGGGCUGCGAUCAGACGCACGUCUGUCUGCGCAAGACGAGCUCGCUGAAAGGAGCCCUGGAGUUAAAUGGCGGCGGUCAGAGCAGCAAAAAAGACCUGGCGCUAUGCAAGAGCACGCCGACCAUCAGCCAUCAACACAAUCAUCAAUCACAUCAUCAGCAUCACUCACACCAUCAUCAUCAUCAUCAGCAUAGCCACCAUCAUCAGUUCCAUCACAGCCAUCAGCAACAGCUAAUCAUUGGCGGCGGAAUCGGCAGCGCCAGCAUUGGCGGCACCUGCCUAAUUGGCCUCGGCACGGACAGUGAUAAAAUACCAAAAAUUGUGGGCAAACUUGGACAUCUCGAUGGACUCCCAUACAGCAAUGGCCACAGUCUGGCAUACCCUAACUUCAGCCAGCCACAGCAUCAGCAACAGUUGCUGACGCGUCGGCAUUCGGAGACCCAUAACCAAGCGAAAACUGCUUUGGCAGCGGAUAAAUAAAUAAUGAAAAGCCAAUAAUUUUUGACUGUCAUUUGAAAAAUGUUAAUUGUACAUAGGCCACAUUUCUCAUGUCCAUUUUUUGUAAAUAUGAAAAAAGAAAACUUGUAAUCGUAACCCAUUUGAUCAACAGUAUAUAAACAUAAUAAUAAUUAUAAUAAUAAUACAAGUAAUAGAAAAAAGAACACAUACCAUAUGCAUAGGCAAAUAUUGUGACACAGCAUAAAAACUAAAAUUAGCAAGAUUCCUAUAAACAAUAAAAUAUACUAUAUAUACGGUAUAUAUAUUACUAUAAAUACGAGUAUGUAAACUCAUGAUUAUGUAUAAUUGACACUCUAUGCUGUGUGUUAAACUUCAAUUUUAGUUUAGUUCAAAAAUAUGCUAAUCUAUAUAUAUAUCUACAUAAAUAUAUCUGUAGAGAAAGGUAUAAAACCUAUAAAGAAAAGAAGUCAAAUUCUCUAGACACUUAAGCACAAAAUAUACCAAAAAAAAAAACAAAUGAAAAAAAAAAAUUAAAAAAAUAUAGUAGGAGAAGCAAAGGCAUAUUAGUUAAUAGCUGCUUGCAAGAGAGCAGUGAAAACACAUGAAAAAGUAUUGUAUUUUGCAUGCCUAUUCGUCAUAUGCACUGCGGCAGUUAGUUGAAUUAUCUGUGGUUAGCACAAGUAGCACAACAGCUUAAACAUGUUUAAAAAUA